AUGAGAACAAAUCUAAGAAAACCAUUGAAGAUCGGAAUAUGGAAUGUAAGAAGCCUAUUCGAAGCCGGGAAACUGCAGGCAAACCUCACACGAGAAAUGAGCAGACUCAAACUGAAUAUCCUGGAUAUGGCUGAAACAUUUUGGCCUCGUGUGGGAAGGCGCAAUGUGGAUAACGGAGUAUUCCUUUACUCUGAUAAUGACGAUCCAAAACAUAGAAAAGGUGUGGGAACUGUUAUAACAAAAGUACUAGGUACUGGAAUCUGUCGUGGACUUUGGUUCUAUACUCGGACCGCACUGCUCAAUACAGUCCCCAGAGAUAAUGGACAUACACCACAAAUUAAUGCAGCUCCUCAAUAA